AUGCGGGUACCAUAUGUCUCUCGAGCACUACGACCAAGACAAAGGCAAUUGAAUAUUCUCCUCAAUGGUCAAAAACGCACAUACACAGCCGCCGUGCUUGGCGGUGGCAUCACCGGCCUCACAGCCGCCUGGCAACUCGCGCAAGACCCAACAUGCAAAAGAAUUGUCCUGUUCGAGAAAACGGACCGGCUCGGUGGCUGGAUAGACUCUGAAACAAUUCCUGUCGAUGGUGGCAAUAUCGUGUUCGAGUAUGGGCCGCGGACGUUAAGGAGCUCGCUGCCAGGGUCACUCCCUCUGCUUUACCUGGCUACAAAUCUAGGCUUGUACAAAGACCUUAUUGUUACCCCGAAGACGAGCCCCGCGGCCCAGAAUCGCUACAUCUACUACCCGGAUCGUCUCGUUCGCUUGCCGGCGCCGAAGCCUGAACUUUCUUUUGGGGAGAACUUUGACAGAUUCGUGAAUACUAUGAAGGAGCCGCUAUUUAACAAAUUCCCUUCGGGCAUAGUAAAGGAUAUCUUCGCUCCAUCCCGACACCCAACUGAAUGGGCGCAGGAUGAGUCUGUCGCGGACUUCAUCGGACGUCGUUUUGGCCCCAAUGUUGCAGAUAACCUAGUCUCCGCUGUGUACCAUGGAGUCUACGCUGGUGAUAUCGAUCAGUUGAGUGCCCAGACGCUGUUGGGUAGCAUCCGCAACCUUGAGGGAGGCAUUGGGGGCAUCGGUGGGUUUGUUUCUGGCGGAGUUACGGCGUCUCUUAUCUCCAGGUCGAUAUCCAAAACAAAAACUCGGAACAUGGAUGAUUUUAUGGCCAUAGAUGCCAUACCCGCAGGCCCUGAAUUAGUGCACCGUCAACACGAUUUAGAAGUCCUUGCAGGUGGAGCUAGUACUUUCACCUUUAAGAGGGGAGUUGGUCAGCUUAUUGCAGCAUUGAUCGCUUCAUUGGAAGCAUCCGGAAAAAUCAGCUUCCGAAUGAACACGGAGAUCAAAGCUUUGAGUCUAACUGAUGAUAAUUGGGUUGCGAUGGAUCAUCGGUCACCAGGGCACGGUGAAACCAAGACGUUUGAUUAUAAAUAUGUCAUUUCCACUAUCCCUCCAGUUUCACUUGCAAACGUCCUGCGCGAAACCAGUGAUGGAAAGGCCAGGCCUGUAGGGCUGACCCCAACUCUACUACGCAAACAGAACUACGCUGUGACGGCAAUGGUCGUCAAUCUCUAUUACUCAGACCCCAACCUUCUGCCUGUGGAGGAUGGCUUUGGAUACCUUAUACCGCGCUCCAUACCCUACGAGCAGAACCCAGAAUGUGGACUUGGCGUCAUUUUCGCCUCGUCCUCUAGUGUAGGGAACGGAACGGAUCCUGAUUCAUCUGAAGUCAAACAAGAUUCCGCACCUGGAACAAAACUCACCGUUAUGCUAGGUGGACAUUACUGGGAUGGUUUCGAAGAGUAUCCAGACCACGACACCGCAGUGAAAAUGGCCCGCGACAUGCUCAAGAGACACAUGAACAUCACUGAUACCCCAACUGUCGCACGGAGUCGUCUCCAGAAGGAUGCCAUUCCCCAGUACACAGUCGGCCAUCUGGACCGCAUGUAUAAGCUCUCGAACACAGUUCGCAAUGAGUACAAGAACCGGCUUAUUCUCGCAGGAAACUGGUAUAAUGGCGUAGGUGUGGGCGACUGUGUCAAGCAGGGUAUCCUAUCUGCCACCUACGGCAUUGGAAGAAAUCGGCUCAAUGGUGAGCCCAGUCCGUGGCGCCCGUGGACUUCCUUUGAUUAUGAACGCUGGAGACUACAGGGUGGCAUUGUGAUGCCUCCUGUUCGUCUGGUUGACUCUAAAAUCUGA